AUGAAAAAGCUUUUUUCACUUGGACUUUUCGCCUCGGCCAAAGCCGGUCUCUUUGAAGACUGGACUCGAGAGCACUGGAAGUCUUACGAAACCCAGGCUGAAGAGGACUUCCGAAGAGGAAUCUUCGAAAAGAACGUCGAUAAAAUCGAGCAGAUCAACAAGGAGAAGCGAGGAUGGACCGCUGGCUUGAACAAGUUCUCUGACUUGACCUGGGACGAGUUUCAACACUUCUAUCUUAUGCAAGCUGGCCAAGAUUGCUCGGCUACUUCCUACAAUUCUAAGGAACAUCUUGCAAAGGGCGUUCAACAACCUAUGCCAAAACACUGGGAUUGGCGAGACAGAGACAUGGUCUCUCCGGUCAAGGACCAGGGCCAGUGCGGCUCUUGCUGGACCUUCUCAACAACCGGCAACGUCGAAGCUGGUCAAGCCAUUCACCUCGCCGAGUUCCACACUCUUUCUGAACAACAACUUGUCGAUUGCGCUGGGGCCUUCAACAAUCACGGAUGCAACGGCGGUCUUCCUUCCCAAGCUUUUGAAUACAUUGCUGCUGCGCCUGGAAUCAUGACUGAGACGGACUACCCUUACACUGCUAAAGAUGGAACUUGCGUUUUCGAUCAGAAAAAAGCCGCUGUUCAGGUUUACGGAAGUGUCAACAUCACCCGAGGAGACGAGCUAGAAAUGGCGGAAGCGAUGGUCAUGUACCAGCCGAUCUCUAUCGCCUUUGAAGUUGUGGACGAUUUUAUGCACUACAAGAGCGGCACCUACUCUUCUACCACCUGCAAAAAUACACCCAAAGAUGUUAACCAUGCCGUCCUUGCUGUUGGAUUCGGAACCGAUGAAGCUGGAACUGACUUCUGGACCGUCAAAAACUCGUGGAGCAAGUCCUGGGGUAACGAGGGAUACUUUAACAUUCAACGAGGUGUCAACAUGUGCGGCCUUUCUCAAUGCACCUCUUUUGCUCUUAUCAAACCAGACAACUAA